AUGGAGGCGGCCGCCUUUGCAGCGAUGUGGCGGCAGCCACCGGUAGGUUACAAGCAGCAGCACCCGGGCGGUGGCAGCUUCGGCAUCCCGCGCCAGCAGGGGGGCCUCCCGUGGCCCAGCAAGAGCGCCGGCGGCGACCCCUGCAGCGGGGCCAGCACCUACUCGGUGUCCGACGCGAGCUCCGAGGCGGGCACCUCCGCGGGCAGGCCGGCGAGGGCGCUGCUGCAGGGGGGGGCGCCGCUGCCAGGCUUCGCCGCCCCGCCGCCCUACUUCGCCGCCGACGCCACCUGGCCCGCGCCCCCCGCCGCGGCGGCGCAGGGCGCGGGCCUCCCGGUGCAGCUGAGGUUCUGCCCGUCCUGCGGCGAGCGCAGCAGCUCCCUGGUCGCCGAGUGCAAGGCGCGCUUCUGCGGCUUCUGCGGCUACGACCUCGUGCCGCACAUGGCGGCCCUGCUCCGCGAGCGCGCCGCGCCCCCGCCGCAGGCCACAGCAGCCUGCGGGGCCGGGCAGCCGCCGCCCUCCGCGGGCGGCCGGCCGGCGGCGGCGCCGGAGGAGCAGGGCGCGCCCCACCUCGUCAGCCACCUCCGGCGCCUCCGGCUCGUCGAGGCCAAGGCCGCCGACGUGGAGGGAGCCCGAGGCAUGCUCUGCCGGCCGUCCGCGCUGCGCCUGCCACGCACCGAGGGCAGCGCCAGCCCCGGGGUCGAGAGGGCACCCCGCGCGUGCGGCUCGAGGCGUCUGCGCACCUCCGCCGUGCCUGGCCAGUGCCACUCGGGGGCCGCAGAGUGGUGCGUACGCGCCGCCGCCGUGCGGAAGCGCGCCGACAAGCUGGCGGCCGAGAUCAAGCUGCUCAAGGGCCGCGACGACAUGGAUGGCAUCUACAAGGGCGUCAUCGACUCCUUCCAGAAGGAGUUGGACGAGCUGCGGAAGAAGCUGCACGACGCCAAGCCCGCGGACGCCAAGCUCCAGAUCGCCCGCCUGGUCUUCGUCAAGGGCCACGUCGAGGAGCCCCACGCGGCCCAGCAGCGCGCACGGACGGCGUCGCAGUUCGUGGACCUGGUGCUCGAGCUGAUUGGCGAGAUCGUGCUCUACCUCAAGCGGGUCGGCCUCCUGGCGGUCGAAGAUCUCGGGUCAGACCAGCACUUCAUCAAGGACGCCAACUACAGCAACGCGUUCCUGCAGGUGGGGCAGGACGGGCUGCUCGACAUGCAGGACUGGCACUUCUUCGAGGCGUACUGGCAGCGGCUGCGCGAGCUCACGAUCGACGACCUGGCCGAGCUGGCGGAGCAGGUAGCGGCGGACGGCUCGCAGUACCUUACCGAGCUCCGCCGCAAGCUGGGCUUUGAGGUCAACGGCUCGAAGUCCACCAUCGUGAUCACCUCGGCGCACGCUGGCAAGUGGAUCGCAGACAGGGUGUACACGCACACGGCGCAGCGGCUCCAGGAGGUGGGCGAGGGCGAGCUCUUCGCGGUGGAGGUCAUGCUGCAGCACGCCGUUCCCCCGUUCACCGUCUACAGCGACUACCAGGACCUGCUCGACGGAUGGAGUUGCUGCAUUGCGGCCUUCUGGCUUGCGCGGCCUGUGGAUAUCCUGAGGUGCACGGACGGCAAGAGCGCAGACCCCAGCCCGUUCCACAGCCCAAGGCGGACCCAGAUGGGGACCGAGAGGCAGUUCGGGCCCGACGUGGAGCCCUACGGACCAGGUGGCCGCACGCUGACAGGCGCGCUCCUCGAGGGGUACGCGGCCGCCGACCAGGAGAUCACGAUGGUGCCGCUGACUCUGCUCGCCUGGCAGCUUGCCGCCGCGCCGGCGCUGCCGCCCGAGCUGUCCCUCUCGCUGCCCAACCCGCGGCUGCUGCCCCCCUGCGCGCCGCCGCCGGGGGCCCGCGCCUUACCCGCGCGGCGCGGCCCGGCGGCCGCGGGGCCGAGGGAGCAGAGCAGGCAGGGGCAGCCAGGCCAGCUAACGCCCCAGCUGCCACGGGAAGAGGUCCUGGAUCCCGCCCCUGCCGGAGCCGGCCUCGCGUUGGCGGUCGGGCUGCUGUCCGGCCGCGUGGAGGCCAUCGGGCGGCGCUUGGAGGCCGAUGCCGCCAGGGCGGCGGCGCGCGACCAGAGCGUCCUGGGCGCUUUGCGCGCGCUGCCCUACACUGCGCCGCCGGCCCCGGCGGGCGGCCCCGCGGCGUGGGCGGAGGGCUUCGACGAGGCGUGCGGGAGCGAGGCCCAGCUGCUGCAGAUGCUCGGGCGCCUCAACGCUCACUUCGAGCAGCUCCAGGAGCACCAGAGCCGGCGGGCCGACGACCAGGCCCGGCUGCUGGAGGAGAAGGUCAGCAAGACGGAGGUGCUGCGGGAGCUGCUGAGCGCCGUGCGGGCGCUGUCGAGCCCGCUGAGCCGCCCCCUGUCUGCGGGCAGUGCGGUGCAGCGCCGGCCCCGCUACCGGGCGUACAUGGGCAGCAACGGGCAGGUGUGCGAGUUCCCCGAGGUGGCGAUUGCCACGAAGCUGUACCAGGUCUCCAACGUGGACACCGCCGCCCUCUCGUUCGAGGUCGACUUCGUGGUGCGGCUCGAGUGGCGGGACGACAACCUGGAAGGCAUUCCCUGCGAGGAGUUCAAGUCGCUCGACUGGGCCCAGUACUUCAACCCGCAUUUGGAAAUCGAUAACGACAAGGAUAACUGCAGCUGGAUCGAGGGUAUGGACACCAUUCCGCGUCGCCGCAGGCGGCUGCUGUCCCAGGACACCACCGAAGAGAUGAGAGCCAGUGCUCCGAGGACACCACCGCGGCCCCCCCGCGGCUCCUGGGCGCCGACGAGCUCAGGGAGGACCCGAACCCCUCGGCUGCCGGGGGCCGUGGCUGCGCAAGACGAUGCGGUUCCGCGGCCGGCUCGCCAUCGCCGCGGUGGACCUGCAGUGCUUCCCCUUCGACAUCCAAGCGCUGCCGAUCAGGCUGCGGGCGGGCCGCAGCCGCAGCACGGCGCUGGCGACGCCGGCGGCGACGCUGCUGCAGAGGGACUGGGCGGGGUUGCCGCGAGGACCACCGCGGGAUGCAGGAGGAUCCAAACUACCUUCAGGUGGAGCCCCGGCUGCGGGGCGAGGGGCACUACGCCAUCCCGGCCGCCGGCAGAUCGCUGCUGGAGAGUACCGGAUUCGUGGAAUCACCGGCUACCAUCCUGA